UGAACAACAAGCCGAGGAGAGAAGAGAGGAAACUGUUUUCUCCUGUGUCUCCAUUCAGAGCUCUCUCUCCCUCCCUGCGGUGGACGGUGUUCUGGUGCAGCUCGUGUGAAUGGAGCAGUGUGCGAGUACGGCCUCCCUGCUGGCCUCGGUGCGGGAGCAGGAGAGGCAGUUUGAGAUGCUGAGCCGAGCUCUGGAGGAGGAGCGGAGGUCGUGUGCCGGCACCCUGCCCCGCCCCCUCCCCAACAUGCAGAACGGCCGCAUUCCUUGUGAUGCAGACAUAGAGAGGCUGACUCUGAACGAGGGUUACAUCAACGGGACACAUCACUUUAGGAUGGAGCCUGGUCAGGUGGUGCAGGAGACAUACACGGUGGAGGAGGAUCCUCAGGAGGUGCCACCUGUUGUCUCUGUAGAGACCAGUGAAGAUGGGACCACGAGGCGCACCGAGACCACGGUAAAGAAAGUAGUAAAGACCACCACCACUCGCACAGUCAUCCCCUCCGUGUCGGACACACUCUCCCUGGAUGGUGGGGGGUCAGUGACAGGUAUGGGGGGCUACACUGCCCCCAUGGUGUACAGACCGGGACCCCCAGGUGGCGUGCCCAUGGACUACCCCACUCACACAGUGCCACGCAACUACCACUACGGACCGCCGGGCUACGAAGACUACCGCGCUGGACCCCCGUCUGAGACCUACGCCAGCCUGAGCAGGGGGGCUCGCAUGGACGAUCGCUACAGACCAGUUCAUCCAGAUGGUUACAGGACUCUGGAUCCCAGCUACAGAGCCCCCAGCAGGAACCAGCUGGACCCCUAUGCUGCUCAGCCACAGGUGGGGCGUAUGGGAAGUGCCAUGGAGCUGUCCUCCAUCCCGAGGUUUGUCCCCGACCCGUACGGUCUGGAGGACGACCAGCGCAGCAUGGGCUACGAUGAGCCCGACUACGGCAUGGGACACCCGAUGCAUUACAGCACCGUGCCCCGCAACCACAACGCCUUCCCCCACGGCCCCCCACGCAGGACUGCGAGUUAUGAGGGAACCCUGGAUGGAGACAUGAGCGGCCCGGGGGACGUGUACUACUGGGGAGGAGGAGCGCCGCUGGCCCAGGGGGAGCGAGGGAGCAUGGCCUCGUUGGACAGCACCCUGAGGAAAGGUCCCGGUCCGGGCCCGGGCGGCUGGCGCCAACCAGAGCUGCCUGAGGUCAUCGCCAUGCUGAACUACCGGCUGGACCCUGUCAGGAGCAACGCAGCAGCUUACUUGCAGCAUCUCACCUACAAGAACGAUAAAGUGAAGUCUGACGUGCGUCGACUCAAAGGAAUCCCAGCGCUGGUCUCCAUGCUCGACAUCCCAAACAGAGAGGUUCACUAUGCCGCCUGUGGAGCACUGAAGAACAUCUCGUACGGCAAAGAUCAAGACAACAAGAUCGCCAUCAAGAACUGUGACGGAGUUCCUGCUCUGGUCCGUCUGCUGAGGAAGACCAGAGACCAGGAUCUCACCGACACCAUCACAGGGACGCUGUGGAACCUGUCGUCUCACGACUCUGUGAAAAUGGAGAUCGUGGACCAUGCGCUGCACGCCCUCUCCGACGAGGUGAUGGUGCCUCAUUCAGGCUGGGAGAGAGGGAGCAACGGAGCCGGAGGAGGGGAGGAGAACUGCAAACCCCGACAUCUGGAGUGGGAGACGGCCCUCACCAACACAGCAGGCUGCCUGAGAAAUGUGAGUUCAGAGCGAAGCGAGGCGAGGAGGAAGCUGAGGGAGUGCACAGGAUUGGUCGAUUCGCUCAUGUACAUCGUCCAAUCCCAGAUCGACUGCAAAGACGUCGACAACAAGUUGAUAGAGAACAGCGUGUGUCUGCUGAGGAACUUGUCCUACCACGUGCACCGUGAGAUCCCCGGCUGUGAGCGCUACCAGGAGGCGGUGCCAAUCAACCAGGGCCCCGCCCCCUCCAGCCAGAAGGGAGGCUGUUUCAGCUCCCGCAAGGGCAAAGAUGAGUGGUUUUCCAAAGGGAAGAAAGACGAGGAUGCAGCUGCAGAUGUAAUAGACAUUCCAAAGAGGACCGCGCCUGCUAAAGGUUAUGAGCUGUUGUACCAGCCUGAGGUGGUCCGUAUCUACACCUCUCUGCUGAAGGAGUCCAAGAACCCCUCGGUGCUGGAAGCCUCAGCCGGAGCUGUUCAGAACCUGUGUGCUGGACGCUGGACUUAUGGGCGAUACAUCCGAGCCUUGCUGCGCCAGGAGCAGGGAUUACCCAUGAUCACCGAGCUGCUCGCCCACGGCAACGACCGCGUGGUCCGAGCCAUGUCCGGAGCCCUCCGCAACCUGGCCAUCGACGCCCGCAACAGAGACCUACUAGGUAAACAUGCGAUGCCUCACCUGGUGAACAACCUGCCCAGCGGGGGUCAGAGUCAGCCGGUCCGGGCGCUGUCAGAGGAGACGGUGGUGUCGGUCCUGAGCACGCUCCAAGAGGUUCUGGGCUCCAGUCUGGAGGCAGCCAAGACCCUCAGAGCCUCACAGGGGAUCGAGAGACUGGUGCUCAUCAACAAGGACGGUAACCGCUCUGAGCGGGAGGUGCGUGGGGCCGGCAUGGUGCUGCAGACCGUUUGGGGCUACAAGGAGCUGCGGCGCACUCUGGAAAAGGACGGCUGGAAGAAGACGGACUUCAUGGUGAACCUGAACCCUCCCAGCAACAACACCAGGGCCAACGGAGGAUACGAGGACAGCACGCUGCCGCUCAUAGACAAAGGAGGCAAAGGGGAGAUGAUCCCACUGAAUGACAUGGGACCAGAUGCCUACUCCACACUGGACCAGAGAGGGAGAAGGAACACUCUGGAUAACACACUCGAACCUGCUGACAAAGAUGGAGUACAGGGAGGGAUGUAUGGGGAGAGGCAGGCCUCUUUGCCUCUCAUGGACUCUUACGAUGGUUAGGCUUCUACACCCACUGUCACACUGCAUGUCCAGCAUGAAAAAUUGAUUGUGUGCAUCACAAGACGACCGCCUCCUCCCACCUACUGCCCGUGCUAAACUGACACUGGGGGACCACUAAACCACACUACAGAUGGACUAGACUCCAUCUUUGAACCCUCCUGUCCCUCUUCUCUUCUCUCCUCUCCUCUCUUCUCUUCUCUCUCUCCCUCUUGUUACAUUCCUUCAUUUCAGCUGACAAAGUAACGAAACCACAGAACAAACUGACGUGGAUCUACGCUCCCUGUGGACAACCGGACGAGACACUAUGACCACUUUGUGCUCUGCGAGUGCCUGAACUCCAAAAAAAACAAACCACUCAAUCAGAUCAGAUGCCACAACAACAACACUACACAACAACAACAACACUACAACACGUUGCCUGUACGACACUAGAGACUGUGGCUCCAUCUGACAACUUUUCUAACUCUUGGAUGUCGGAGCGUAGACUUAGACGAGUUAAAACUAAUUAGAAAAGAACGGUUGGGACACUUUUUGGUGAAAUUUUCCAUAAAUGGCUAUAUUACGCUUGAGGAAAUGUCUUUAUUUCUCUCUCUCUGAUUGUUAAAUACAUUAAAAAUGAUUUUUCCUACCACUGAGAACCAAUGUUUAGUGAUCUAAUAAUCAGAUAUGUGUUUAAAAAAAAAAAAAAAGCUUCUGCUUCUGUUUGGGUCGUGGUUGUUCCUCUUCUUGCUUUGCUCUGCACCACAGUAAUGUGCCAAAUGACACUACACUACACGCUCCUGCUGCCGAAUACCGAACGCAACAACUUUCUUCACACACACUUGACUUUUUACAGCAGCUACACUGAAAUCUGUCUUAAAUCCGCUUUGUUUUGUGCGCCGCUUUGUGUCCCGUCGACGAGAUGCAUGUGGAUGCUGCAUUUUCUGUAUUUGAUUGUGAUAUAAAAAAAAGGGUGGAGGACUCAGUUAUGGUUAUUCCUACAGACCGAAAUUAAUCUCCAGACAGUAGUUUAUGUUUCUGUUAAAUGUUAUUAAGCCCUGUUGUAAUUCUUUGGGAGAUAAAACAGGAUUCACAGGGUGCAUUUCCUUAUUAUCUGCAGGUCUGUAAUCUUAUGAAUGUGUACAUACAAGUGAGAGUGCCUCGUUCAUUCAGGAUCGGUGUGAUUGUUAGAACCCGACAUGGAGCCGGGUCACCAAUCAAGGUGUCUGGCUCUCAGCAGGUAGCUAGAGGGGGAUUACUGUAUAUGGAACUCAUCAGUUUUCUAUUCUGCUAAAUAAUGGACAAAAUAUGUGAACUUAUGUAAGAGUUGAUUGUUUUUUUAUAUAUGGUGUAAAACUCUUGAGUUCUGUAUAUAAUUUACUGCUUCACAAACCCCCAAAGCCGCCUGACUUUAAGUGUACAGACCCGUACACGAACAUGGGAGGAGACACAGUAUUGUCUGUUUUUGUCCGCAUUUCUUCCAUAUAGAAGAAGAAUGCAUAUUCUGGUAACACUUUUAUAUUAGGGACCACAUGUUUAACAUUAAUUAGAUGCUUAUUAGCAUGCAAAUAAGUAACAUAUAGGCUGUUAAUUAGUCAUUAUUAAGUAGUUAUUAAUGCCUUAUUCUGCAUGGCCUUAUUAUACAACCAGUAAGCAAUUUGUCUUUUCUGGUCAAUUUGUGUCUUUUUUGGGGGUCAUUUUGCGUAUUUUUUGGCCAUUUUGCAUAUUUUUUUGGUAACUGUGUGGUCAAUUUUAUGUCUUUUUUUGGUCAUUUGUGUCUUUUGUGGUCAAUUUGUGUCUUUUUUUUUUUGGUCAUUUGGUGGUCAAUUAGUCUUUUUUGGCCAUUAACUGCAGGGUUCGUACAGAUGCCAUGAAAUCCUUGAAAAUGCUUGAAUUUAAAUUUUCAAGGUUUAAAAAGUGCUUGAAAUUCUUACUGUAACACCAUCGUUUUUGGUAUGGUUAAGAGAAAUCUCCCCCUUUUAGUAUGCAAGUACUCAUCUAAAACAUGCAAUUUGACCACUGCUAAAGUGUACGAACUCUGAAACUAAGAGUUUUCCCUCAAUAACCUCAGAAUUAUUGCUUAUUAGUAGUAAGUAAGGAAGUUGUUGUAUAUGAGUUAUGAUCUUAAUAUGCUUUACUCUGUAUGGACUUUAUAAUCUCUACAUAGCUGUGAACGUAACCAUGGAAACGGCAUAUAGAAAUGAAGGGACAAUGAAGCUUCCUGAACCAUUUGCUUUAUUUUUUGACCCCACUAGAUGGUGGUCUUGAGUCAAAUAGUCCAAUUCAUUUGAGUUAACUCCAUUGUUUUUGUUGUCUUUACAUAAAAUUCUUUUGCAGCAUCGAAACUCAUUCAAAUAUUUAAGUUGAGACAACAAGUUGGCUUUAACAGUGUAGAGACUUAAAUAUAAAGUCCAUACAAAGUAAAGCAUAUUAAGAUCAUAUACAACAACUUCAUUACUUACUACUAAUAAGCAAUAAUUGUGAGGUUAUUGAGGGAAAAUAAGGUUGUAUAAGAAGGCCAUGCAGAAUAAGGCAUUAAUAACUACUUAAUAAUGACUAAUUAUGUUACUUAUUUGCAUGCUAAUUAAUGUUAAAUAUGUGUUCCCUAAUAUAAAGUGUUACCUGUAUUCUUAGUGCCGAGUGAGAUGUAGAUACUUACUGAGUGGAUGAUUAAAAGAAGCACUAGGGGGGAAUAAUAAUGUGUGUUUUUCUUCUUAUUUUUUUUCUACCUUUUUGUUUUUCAUGCCAAUUGAAACACGACGGAGAAUGCCUCAUUUUCUCAAAGUAACAAGUUGCCUUCAAGACUGGACGGACUAAAAGAGGAGAGCAAGAAAAGGGCAGUGUAAAGGAGGCAUAGACCAGAAUUUGCUAUUAGAUAGGAGGAGAAAAAAUAAAAGCACAUUUAAACUAUAUAUACAAGAGAAUAUUUGUUAAUUUUAAUGGUUUUAUGUAUUUCUUUUUUUUUUUUUAUAUUGAUUUGGGUUUAAUUGUUUUGGGUGCUUUUUUGGUGAACGCAUAUGCAAUCAGUUUUUAUGUUUUGAUUGAAAAAAACAUUCAGUUUAUGUCUUAAUUAAAUGCAAAACAAGUUAGCGUAACAGAAAUCCUACAACAGUCGUCAGAUACUGGAACACUAAUGGAAAAAAUCUGAUUCUGGACUACACCUUAAUCUCUUUGCCUUGGCUCUUAAAGUUGCACAUUCUCAUUUAUGAAUGAAUUAUGUAACUAGCAAUACUGUUUUUAAUAAAAAAGAAAAUGAUUUCUCAGA